AUGGCAUAUCAAUAGCCUUUUUACAUGGCAUCACCAUAAAGACCCCAACCUCAGCCUUAAUCCUACAUUCCACCCCCCUAAGUAUAGGCAAGACCAUAAUACCCUCCUCAAGGCUAGUAUCCUCCUUCAAUACCAUAGGGAUAUCGUCCUCCCCAACCAUACGGUUAUCCUCAACCUUAAAUAGUUAAAUAACCAUUACCGCCUCAACCCCAAAGGGUCUCCUAUCCAUAACAACCAAUCGGAUAUCAACCAUAAUAACCACCCCCUCAAACCUAUCCUCCUUAAUAAGUAUAUCCAUAAGGUCCCAUCUACACUCAGAGUCCUUAGAGACCAAAUCCAACCCAACCAUAUCCAUAGCAACCUAAUGUUUAACAGUACAGAUAACCAUAGCCUCCCCAGACACUGCCUCAAAGAACUGUUCCCCCCCAAUAAUAUCCACCAUAACAAUAUCAACAACAACCACCACAAGGAGCUCGUCCUUAUGCCCAACCCUAACCAUAAGCUCCAGCCUAGCAAUUGGCUUUGGCACCCAUUCAAAAUAAAGUUGUCCAACCGCCACACCAACCAGUUCCAUAAUAGCCCAAACCUCAAUAAGUGCCAUAAUACAGACCACCUGACCAAUAAUAAUAGCCAUAACAGCCUCAAUAAUACAAGCCCUAAUAGUUGUCAUAGAAGGAUGAAGAUUUAGAGAAGAAGUUCUAAGAUGCUAUAGACAGGACAAGAGAUUUAGUUCAAAGAUACUAGAAUCCCCAAUAAAAUUAAUAUUAACCUCAAAAGUAAUAGCAAUAACCUCAACAGCCAUAAUACGAAAAUCCUGAGAAUAAUGAUCAAGAUCAACAACUCUAAGAUUUGGCAUUGUAGUAUGAGGAUGGUUACAUCUAUAGAGGAUAAGGUUUUGAGCCAGCAACAAGAGAAGGAUUCGGAGUCCUAACUGAUUAGAACGAAAACGAAGUUUAUAGUGGAUAUUGGCAUGAAAACCAAUACCAUGGUCAAGGCAAGUUGAUCAAUUUCCAAGCUGAGCAAAUUGAUGGCCCAUUCGACUAUUAAGACCUCAGUGGCAUUGAUAACGGCUGGUUAGGUUAUGAGGGUGAAUUCUUCGAAGGCAAAAUGCAUGGUUAAGGAACACUUUAAUUAACUAAUGGUGAAAAGUUUGAAGGCAAAUUUAAUGAUGGAAUGAUUGAUGGAGAAGGAGUAUACACAACUGUCAAUGGAUAAGUUAUCAGAGGAGUUUGGAAGGAAGGAAUCUUGGCAAGUUAUAUGUGAUCCCAUAAAAAAUAUAAAUAAAUCAUAUUUUUAAA